GCUUCCUCGGCGGCCGACCAAUCAACUCGCGUCACGUCACCUUCACCCAGAGGACUUGCGCUUUGGGACACUUUCAUUCCUUGACAUCGCUUUUGCAUUUUCAAUCUUUUUUGCAUUCAUUCAACUUGAAUAUGCCCCCUCAAACCCCAACACCCAAUCUCCUAUCCGACCUCCAAGCCUACUACACCUCCAUCCCACCCAUAACCCGCUUCCUCACAACAGCAACCCUCCUCACAUCCCUCUUACCAGCGUUCGGUCUGGUGCAUCCAACCCGCCUCCUCUUCAUCCCAUCUAAAAUCCUCGCUUUCGAACUAUGGCGUACACUCACCCCCUUCUUUUGGAUGCCCCUCGGGUUCUCGUUUUUGAUGCACUUGUAUUUUUUGGGUCAGAAUAGUGCGGAUCUUGAACGGGGCUUCUUUGGUGGGCGACGUGCGGAUUUUCUAGUGUUUUUAGGGUUUUCUGCUGUGGUGAUCAACAUUGCUGCGUACUUUUUGGAAUUGUACUCACUUGUCGACCCGCUUUUACUAGCGCUCAUUUACGUCUGGUCAACCGCCAACGGUUCCCGACCCGUUUCGUUUCUCUUUGGUAUCCAAUUCCAGGCCAUGUAUCUUCCAUAUGUCCUUGUUGCCAUGGACGUCUUACAAGGAAAUGUUUUUCCUAUACCAAAAUUGUUGGGUAUCGCUGUUGGAUGGGUGUACUGGUAUUUGGAAAAAGUUGUGCCUGAGCGGGGUGGGAGGAGGGUGUUGGUUGCUCCGAGGGUUUUGGAUGAGUAUGUUGGGGAGGGGGAGGGGAGAAGGGCGGAAGGGUAUGUGGCUAUACCACCGCAACGGCGCCCGGGCGUUCAGCCAUCGGUUACCGAGAACAUGCGGCAUAGGUGGGGGACUGGACGACGGUUAGGGACUGGGUAGAUGUUGUGUUUGUUUUUGGCUUUUUUUUUGGAAAUUUGAUUUGAUCAAAGACUGGAAGCGUUCCUGGUUUCGAAGUUUUAGACUGUUAU